AUGCAAACUAUCCAAGCCGGCGUCGACAUUCUUCAAGAAGCUGUCAAGAAAUGCUGGGGUAAACACCAACCUGGCAAUCCAAAGCAGGAAAUGUCCAGAAACAAAGCAAAAAAGGCGCUUUAUCCCUUUCGACAAAAUUCUUUGCUCUCACUGAGCAGUAUCUUAGACGCUCUGCAGCUAGAUCUGAGCUCUGCCAUGCCCAUGGCUCAAAUACAAAUUAACCGUCACUCACACACUGAAAUUAUCACCCAAGGUUCGACCACGUACAUGAGAAUCGAGGAAGGCUUCGCAAGUUUGGAAUCCCGAAUGGAGACAAUCGAAUUGGGACGGCGACUUGCCGUUUCUGAUUGCCACUCAUCACCACCUGAAAACUUACUUUGCCAAAAGCCUUCCUGCCGUUGUAUUCACGUCGUGCGCAAACGUCGCACCGCAAGCAAACGGUUUUCUAUCUCUCGUAAUAUGUUUGGAUUCAAGGUCUCUGCCUCAUUUGAAGUUGACAUGGGAUCCUUAUACGCACUCAAACUCACCCCUUCUUUGGAUUUCCGCGCCGUCGUUCCAUAUGACGCUCCGGCAUUCGAAUUAAUCGACAGAAUCAGAGAAAUGGACUUCAAUUUCCAACCGGAACUCAUGCCUGACCUGGUAAACACCACAAUUGUUGAACUCCGGCAACUGUACAGCGAGGGGAAGGCUAGACCUAGUGAUAUGAACCCAAAUGGCGAGAUAAUUCUCCACAAAGUUUGUGGUCUCUUCUCAAAGCUUUCACAAUUUCCGGGCGCCAUUCGAAAUUAUGGCCGACUGGUAAAACUUUGCCUGGGUUAUAACACAGCUUCUUUUGAGGCUCAGAUCCAUGGACUAACCCCCAUAGACUACUUCAUUGGAACAGCCUCAUCAUUGUUCCACACUGGCGUUGGAAGCUAUUGUAGUGCGUGGAGGAUUUCCAAGCACCCAAAGAAGAAGCAGAUUGUCAACAUGCUUGGAAAUGGACUCGACAUCUCUGUCAUCGAUUUCGCAAUACUGCGCGAGUCGAAAGCAGAUGUUCAAUUGGCCAUCGCAUCAAAUCCAAAUUAUCUUGGCUUUGAUUCACUUUCGCUGGCAGUGUCUUGGCCCGAUGGCUUGGAACUUCUCUUGGAAAGAGGAGAAUUUGACGGAUUCGAUCUGAAUUUCGCCUUGUAUAGUGCCAUUAAGCAGAACUGUCUAUCUUCAGUGCAGUUGUUACUCAAUACCGGAAUGUAUUUCCGUCUCUUGGUCAUUAGAGACUCGCUCGAGCUCGAUGCAGAGAUGUGUGACAUAUUGACAACGGAGCUUGUCAGACGACGGAGGGCUUUUCGCAAUAUAGCAGAGGCUAUGUUGCCAACCGAGGAAUUGACUCGGUUGGGGGUUUCAAAAGAACAACUCCCCGACGCUAAUUUUGAUAGCAUACGUACAGCUUUGGAGGCAAGGGGAGUGGCUAUACCAAAUGAAAUAAACACUUAUUUAGAAUACGAGUAUACGACGUCCCCUAUUCUGGAGCAAGUAUGCUGCUUGAGACUGAUGGAAUGUCUUCAUCGAGCUGGAUUUCGAAGCAUGUGUCGAUUGACUCCUCCCACGCCAAUUCCCCUAGAAAUGGUUAUUGACCGGGCUCUAGGGCUUACUGACAUGGGAAUGAAUCUCAAAACUUCCGAAGUCGGUCUACCCACUACUUUGGAGCUUUGGCCGAGUAUGAUCGAGGGUUUUGUCCACGUUACUACACUUGGACUAAUACCCGGGAGUCCGCCAACCUGCAAACUAGUGUGUCAAACAGCAUCCAAGACCAUUGAAAAUUUGAAUGAACGACAACAGCAAUUCUGGAGGGAUUGCAUAUCUUCCAAUGAGCUCGAUUCUUGUUCAUGUGCCUGCUCUCCUGCCGACGGGUGUCGCUCAAUUUCCAUCGCACUGCAAAAGCUCUCCGAGAUUGGCAAGUUCUAUUCUUACCCGACACGAGACCUUGGUGGCCACACUUGCUUCAGUAGCAAGAUCAUGGAAUUUUUAUUCCGGGACCAAAUUGAGAACUUUGAAUUUGUUCUGGCAGUAUUGCGCUUUCUCACCUUCAACGAAUUGGGACUUACUCAUACCUGUCACCUUUCACGUAACCGAAGGUUCGGGUGGGGGAAACAAGCUUGGGAUGAUGAUGCUACUGAGAAGCUCGAAGAAGAAAAGCUGUUGCUAGACCAGCUAGACCAACUAGACAUUCUCGUCUCAGAGUUCCAGCAAAAGUAUGCGGAGCUGCACAUCCCAUUGCAUGAUUUCAUUUACGGCUACUGGGAAGAUAGGAUGAAAGAGUUUUUGUUCAGACGAGAAAGCGCCGAUGGCCAAAUAAUUCAGGAAGCAAGGAAAGUGGGUGUAUGGCUGGAUUGGGAGCCCGUUGAUCGCGUUGAGCUAGUUUUGAAGAGGCCUUGUAGACAUGCACCCACUGUUUAA